AUGGAUUCCAGCAAGUCCAGAGUCUCCGCGUCUCUUGCGCUCAGCGCUACAUGUACUCUGCUGUUGAUUCUGGGCAUGAUCUGCACCGUGCUUCGCCCUACACCGAGGAUCGAAACACCUUUCGAUAAUGCCAUCCUGCAGCUACUGAUAUGUGCAGUGUGGCUUCUUGCUCUAGUCGUUGCGCUCGUGAUGGGUAUCGCAAGCGCUCAGUUGCUUCGCAAUGCACCCUUGCGAAACAAUCCCGGUCUCCAAGCCGCCAUAGUCGUAUCUGGUGGUUUCAUGCUUGCCUCGUUGUCCGUCGUAAACGUCGUUGCAUUGGUUUACGAAGCUCAUAUCGCCAAUCCCGAGUUUCGCGCGAAGUUUAACGACUUCUUUUGCGACCUACGCGGCACUGAGAUUUGUGCAGAUGGAGACAACUUUGGUAAACGGCUGGGGAUGGUGGCUUCUAGUGACAACAUUACAUUAAAGGUGGAGACCGCGACGCGCGUCUGGGACUACUGCAGAGCUAAGCUGUUGGAUAUGGGCCAUCUUGGGGGAUAUUUUCCAGCUGCCACGUACGGUCAGAGUCUUGUCGAUUCAUUCAGCACCACAGACGCGGUUGACAAGUGGUGUGGGAGCCAGGCAGUCGGCCUCUCGGUUAAUGCAACGUCACCGUUUUCUCCGAUUUUAACGAAUCCGGGCGCGUAUCACACAUUGCAAACCAAGUGGCUCGACUGCGUGAAGAUCGAGUCGAUUUUUACGGGGCUGGCGCUAGUUUGUAUGGCGUUAGUGUGCAUUCUCGAUCGAAGCGGUACGAAGAAAAAUGGACAAGCCGAUGAAGAGCAAAACGGCGCAAGAAAUAGCAACGGGAUCUUGAAGUGUACUGUAGUACAGCUCCUUACAAUUCUAUUGCUUCUUGGAACAACAAAAUUAAUAAAAUAG